GCUCGGAGUUUCCUCGGUCAGGAUGAACUUUGCGGCCCAGUUAUUCUACUCCGGCUACCUGAGCGAGCGACUGGAGCGUUUGUUUUCAUCGAGGCCUGCAAUUAAAGACAGCGAGGAGAAUGACCCGUUCUGGGCGAGGGAGGAACUGCGUCUUGGCCCCAGUCUACCAGGAGGCUCCUCCAAACCCGUCUGUAAUGGCGCCGUGGGCCGCCGGCCGACUCUCAUUGAACCGGAGCGUCUCAAGGACUUUGGUGAGGAAGAACUUCUCAAUGGAGAUGUCAAGUACCACCAAACCAGCGUGGCUGGAACCCCUGAGAUGAAGCUCAUGGAUCCCCCCAAAACCAGAAGAGUGAGUGAGUUCAGGAUCAUCCCCAAACCUCCGGCUCAGUUCCUACGAUUUGAGGACAUCAGCGCAGCAGCCUUCACGAUCCAGUCAGCGAUACAGAAGACACCUUGCACGUAUUCCAGACUGUCCAAGCAGUACGGGAUGGAGAUCUUCCUGAAGAAGGAGCAUCUUCACUACACCGGCUCUGUGAAGGAGAGAGGAGUGCUGUACCUGCUCACCUCCCUCACACAGGAGCAGCAGAGGAAAGGUGUGAUCGUGGCCACCGACUGUAACUUCUCCAUGGCCGUGGCUCACCAUGCGGCCGAGCUGAAGAUACCGGUGUUUGCCAUCAUGCCAUCAAGCUGCUCUUCUCCACGCCUGCGUACCUACAGAGACUACGGCGCCAUGGUCAUCUCGUACGGCGGCACCAGCCACGACUCCCAGAACCACGCCCGCCAUCUGGCCAAAGAGAACGGAUACCUCUACCUGGAAGAAGAUGAGAGUGCAGCGUACCUAGCAGGACUGGGAACUGUGGGCAUGGAGAUCUUUGACCAGAUUCCCAAAGUGGAUGCAGUGGUUAUUCCUGCAGCAGGACAGUAUGGACUUCUGGCCAGCACCGCCGCAGCCCUCAAAUACCUCAACUCGCAGAUUCUCGUCAUAGGAGUUGAACCAGAAGGUUUCCCUCUCCUGCUACAAUCUCUGAAAACAGACGGCCCGAUCAAAAACCUGCACAGCAACCCGAAUAAGAAGCUGUAUGGAGAUUUUAACGAGGGUUCGCUUGGUGCAAAUACCUUCCGUCUGUCCAAGAAACUGAUAAACAAAGUUGUUCCUGUCAGUGAGGAAGACUCUCUGGUGGCGAUGCUGCGAUUUCAGGAGGUGGAGCACUCCACAGUGGACACAGUGGGAGCCAUGGGACUGGCUGCCAUAUUGGCAGGGCAGCUUCCAGAACUAAGAGGGAAAAAGGUGGUUGUUGUGGUGAGCAGCGCCAACAUGGAGCCGGACCUGGUGAGGCAGUGCGUGGACCGGGCUCUGGUGCUGGACGACCGGGUCAGUAAAUUCUCUGUGCAGCUGGGAGAAUGGCCAGGAGACAUGGCCAAACUGCUGGACGUCCUGUCCAGAGAGGACGUCAGACUGCUGGAUGUCUGCCAUCGCAGACACAGUGACAAGUCAGACGUCUUCAAAGCAAAGGUGGAGUGCGUGGUGGAAACCAGGGAUAAGACGCAAAGCACUCAGCUGCGCAAGACGCUGAACGAGCGCUACCCUUCGAUAUGCUGGCUGGACCGGUGAUCGAAACAAAACGAGACAAGAGGAAAGAAGGUGGAGUGGAAAUAAAUUUGGAAGGGAUUCCCAACACAUCCUUCAGUAGGACAAUAACCAACCAAUAACCAAUCUCUGGAUUUAGCUCAUAACAGAAUAAAACACUCUGAAUUAGCUGCAGGUUGGAUGGUGUGGUUAGUUUCAAGAUCAUUUCCCGUUAACAUUAUACAAGAAAAGACUAAAAGUAGGGGUGCACAGAUUGCAGUUUCUUUAAAAAGCCAGACCUGCCGAUUCUAAUUUUGGCCGAUACCUGGCUUUUUUUUUUUGUCUGAAAUGUCGCCAACUGUUGACCCUUUGCACGUGACGUCACGCUGUUCAGCACUCCACUCGCUCCGCCAUGAUGGGCGUCAAAACAACCAAUGCGCUCCUUUAAAGCUAGUCAAAAUAACAAACAUGUGGUAGCUUAAUAUCUCUCCUAUUUAGUUGAUUUCAUCUUAAAGGGUGCUGCACAAACAGACGAGGAUAGAAACUAAACUUGUCAUUUUAUUACAUAACUUUUAACGAGGAAACGACUGUCAGCUGUUAAUGAUUGUCAGCCAUCAGAACAAAUCUGCUGCAAAUUACGUUUUACAAAGUAAUUACAUCAACGUUCACAUACUUUGGAUGUAUAAUUAGAAAGAUAUCAAAUAUUGCUUUAUGGAGAAGGUGCGUGUUCAACCGUAACCAUGGAGACAAUACCGCACAGUCAUGUAGCCUAGCAUGUAUGGGGGAAAAACUAGUUAGCAUCUCGUCUGUUGUACGUUUUUAAGGCUGCUCAGGUGUAAGGGGCAACGUUUUUUAUGACAUAAUGAUACAAAUCAUGUGGUGUGAAUUCAGGCAAAGUCGGUCAGGAGGAAUGGGUCGGUUUCGUUCACAGACAAAUUAGCUCGACUCGAACAAGUAGAAAUCAUGAAUAAACUGGCAAAAACAUUUUCCGUCACUCUGUUCAUCACUCCCCUCCCUCAUUUCCGACGUCCAUCAUGGCGCCUCGAAGGAUUAAGUGACGUAGUGACAAACGGUCAGGACAGCGGUUGAUUUUAGACCUUUGCUGAGGUAUAAGAUCGUCUUCAUGUCCAAGUAUCGGCCGGUCUCCCAAAAUUAAGGACAUCGGCGCAGAUAAAUUGGUGCACCCCCUAAAUAAAAGUAAAUAUUUUCAGAGUAUAUAUAUUUUUAAGAAGCUGUACAUACUUCUGUAUUUAUACAUCCUACUGUAGAAGUGUCCGAGAGAGACAACAAAAGCGAACAAAUGAUUUUGUUUUGUUUCUGUGCAGAUUUUAUGAAAGGAAAAAAGGACAGAAAUGUGUUUGCUGUGUAAUUUCUUAAGAGAAAACGUGAGUGAGAAUGGCUUGGUGAGUUGGUUCUGACGGUGCCUGGGCUGCUUAAGACCAGCUAAAGUUCUUUAAGCAGAGGGCAAUGUGAAAACCUGUGCUGCUGUUGCUUUGAGACGUAAAACCUGAGGUUGAGCAAUGCACUGUCCUGCUAAAGAAGCUAAAAUAAAACUGGUGAAUAUUCAAACAAUUUCAAAA